CAUUUUAAUAUUCAUAUGGCUCUUGUACGACACAUAAAAAAUUUAUCCCUCUCGUAAAGUGUAAUUUUAACCAGUUAAACAAGAGAAUCAAUAGUUAUAAGUGUUCUUAAAAAAGUGUGUUGCCGUUCCAUCGUUGAAACAAGCAAAAAUAUUUGUUUCAAUCUGCAGCUGGUGUACAAGGAUCAAACAACUUUAGUUCCCCAACACAAAAAAAAAAAAAAAAAAAAAUAAAAAUAAACGUUGUAACUUCAAUCUAAUAUAAAAAAAAUAAUUUUUCAAUUUUGUUUUGAUUAUUAAACUUAUUAGAAACAGUGAUAAGUCAAGUCAAGGAAACAUUUGAAAAAAAAAAUAAAUAAGAAAAAAAAAACAUUUCAAGUGAUCAUAAUUUGUGUAAAAAAAACUAAACAUCAAAUAAAAAAAAAUGUCUGUAUGGAAUCGAAUUUUAAACAUGCCGCACGAAGCGAUGCAGAGUGUUCGCAUGCACUACGGAAAUAACUUUCCCAUCGAGGUGCGACAUUAUUUAGCUGAAUGGAUCGAGGAUAGGUUGCUAAACGCUCCUCCCUACUCCGAACAAGACCCGCAAUUCGAACAGGAAGCUGCUACCUUUUUCCACAGCCUCAUCACCGAACUCGAACGCAAAUCCGAGGAAAUUGUCGACGACAACCAGAUCACGUGCAAAUUGCGUCUCAGCGAAUCCGCGCGUCAAUUCCGUCAACUUUUCUCCCACAAUCCCGGUCAAUUAUAUUCGCACAUCCGCAUGGGUUUGGACUUUGAGCGGCAACUGAUCUGCUACCCGGAGAGCGUUGGCUUCGUGCAAGACCAGGAAAUUCAGGAUAUCACGCGCACGUUGCACGAGUUGCAUCGCUUGGUGCGUUCGAACGAGCACGACAACAAGAAUUUGCAAAAGGACUACGAAAUUUUCUACUUGGAAGUGCACGAAUUCAGCAAGAAACAGGCGGCAUUCCAGAAUGAGCAGAUGGGACAGACGCCGGCAGAGCGCGAACGCAACCUUCUAGCGAACGAGGAGCGUCAACAGCGUCUCGAUCAAGCGUUGAACCAGCUAACAGGCAAACGUUUGACGCUCGUCGACAGUUUCAAGAACGUAAUUUCGAUAAUAACGCAGAUCCAGGCGAAAGUUGUCAACAAAUAUUUGGCAAAUUGGAAGGUGAAUCAGGGCAAAGUUGGAAAUGGAGCACAUCCGUUGCCCGCAAACACUUUGGACAUGAUUCAGUCGUGGUGCGAGAAUUUGGCGGAAAUUAUUUGGAGCACGCGCGAGCAAAUUCGACUCGUUUCCAAGUACAAGAAGCAGUUGGGUGCCGAGGAACCGAAUUAUUUGGAUUAUUUGCCGCAAUUGUCGCAAGAGAGCACAAAUUUGCUGACUUAUUUGAUCACACACACGUUCGUGAUUGAGAAACAGCCGCCGCAAGUGAUGAAGACGAACACGAGAUUCCCGGCAGCGGUUCGUUUGUUGGUUGGAAAUACCUUGAAUAUUAAGAUGAGCAGCCCACAAGUCAAGGUUUCCAUUGUUUCGGAGGCACAAGCACAGCACGUUACAGCGAACAACAAGGUGAUAGAACCGAUGGCUUGCGGCGAAAUCAUGAACAAUAUUGGCCAAAUGGAAUACAACGAGACAUCCAAAGCACUUUCUGUCAAUUUCAGAAACAUGCAAUUAAAGAAGAUCAAGCGUGCCGAGAAAAAAGGCACCGAAAGUGUCAUGGACGAGAAAUUCGCUCUUUUAUUCACAUCCAACUUCGCUGUCGGGCACGGAGACAUCGUUUUCACCGUUUGGGCUUUAUCUUUGCCCGUUGUCGUUAUCGUGCAUGGCAACCAAGAACCCCAAUCAUGGGCAACGAUCACAUGGGACAACGCAUUUGCCGAAAUAAAUCGCACUCCAUUCCAGGUGCCCGACAAAGUGCCAUGGGUCCUGUUGGCGGAUGCGCUCAACAUGAAGUUCAAAUCGAUCACCGGCAAGGCAUUGACGCCAGAUAACUUGCAUUUCUUGUGCGAAAAGGCAUUUAAGCAGAGUAUUCCGAAUCCCAUACCGAACGACUUGCUCAUCAAUUGGGCGCAAUUUUGCAAAGAACCCUUGCCCGAUCGCACUUUUACCUUCUGGGACUGGUUUUAUUCCGCGAUGAAAUUGACGCGCGAACAUUUGCGAGGCCCGUGGAGCGACAACAGCGUUAUCGGGUUCAUUCAUAAGCGCACGAGUGAAGAAUUGCUGCUGAAAUGCACGCGUGGCACAUUUUUGUUGCGUUUCAGUGACAGCGAAUUGGGCGGCGUGACAAUUGCUUGGGUCAAUGAAGGCGAGGAUAUUUUGCCGCAAGUCUUGCAUAUUCAACCGUUCACGGCGAAGGACUUUAACACGCGUAGCUUGUCGGAUCGCAUUCGGGAUUUGGACGAAUUGCUGUAUUUGUAUCCGAAUAAGCCGAAAAAUGAGGUAUUUACGAAGUAUUCGUCGCCGCCCGUAGCGAAAAAUCGAACGGAUUACAUUGCGACAGACAUUAAGGCGAUCUUGUCGACAAAUUCAGGCAAUCUUAGUUUCCCGGGCACACCGGCUUCGUAUAAUAUUCAGUCACCUGAUCCGUCCCGCGACACUAAUUCAGUGCAGAGCGCCUACUACGAUCAUGAAACGACAAGUAACAACGAAAUGAUCCAAAAUAACUUAAAUGUCGAUUUUUCUACGUUCGAGAAUAAUGGGUUGGAUAUGUUCAGUAAUUUUCAGUAAUUCAGUAAUUUUUAGUUAGUUUUAUAAUUUUUUUUUUAAACAAAAAAUCAAAACUUAUGAUGACUUAAAGAGAAAUAUUUUGUGUAAUUUGAUAAAAAAAAUAUAUUUUUUAUAUUAUUAUUAUUUUAAUUUUAAAAAAUAAUUUAAUUUUAAGUUUUUUCUUUUUUUUUUGUUCAAUUUAUUAAUUAUAAAUUUAAUUAAGUUGAUUUUUGAUAGUCAAGAAAAAAAUUGGAAUGAUUUUUACAAAUAUUAUCUAAGUAUAAGAAAAUGCUUGCUUCUGUUAGUUUUUCCAAUGCGGCUUUUUGUUUGUCUUUAAAAAAAAAUAAAUUAAAAAAAAUUCUCGAGUGAUAUGUUUAACAUCUAAAAAAAAUGAAACAAAACAAAAAAGUGCAAUUUAUUUGAUCAAAAUGUCUGUUUUAUUUAUAAAGUGCCUGUUUCAACAAUCCUACAACACAGCAGCUUCUGUUUUUUUUUUGAUUAUAAUUUAAAAUUUUUGUCGAAAUAUUUUUAUCAUUUAUACUUUGUGUAAGUAAAUUGUAUACGUAAAACGUAAAAAAAAGUUAAGAAAUAUAAUAAUAAUUACUGGUUUCACAUCGAAUUAAACAUUAGAGAAAAAAAACAACAUAACGUAAGAGAAAAAAUAUUAAAUGUGAACCCCUUUGUACUCUCUAAGAUCCAAUCACCUAAUCCAAGAGCUUUUAAAAUAUAAAAAAAUAUACAAUAUAUAUUCAUUAUAUUAUAUAUUAUUAAAAAAAAUGUUAAAAGUAAGAAGAUAAAUGUGAAAAAAAUAAUAAAAAAAUAAAUAUUAUUAUAUAUAAAUGUAUUUGAUACAUAAAAAAAGUGAUGAUCAGGUAAAUAAAAAUAUAAAAGUCGAUAUCCAGAAGUGGUUUCAUAAUAAGAAUUAAAAAAAAAUAAAAUAUAUAAAAAAUAAUUAAAUAACCGAAGAGAGUGAAAAUAAAAAAAAUAUUAUUUUUUAAAAAUUUUCAAGCUUUUUAAAUUCAUUCUUACCUGAAAAUAUAAAGUGCAUAUAAAAAAAUACAUAUUGAACGAAUUUUUUAGUGU